CUUAUUCUCUUACCGAGGUGAGGGAAUUACGUUUUCCUGCCUGAAGAGGAACAAACCAAUCUUUCUUUAACGAAAUGAACUGAAUUUCUUCCCGGGGUAUUCUGACCCUCCGAUUCCCGCCGGACUCUCCCCGAUCAAAGAUUCCGACUCCAUCGUCUCUUCAGAUCCUUCACCGUCCGUCUCUGUUUCUCUUUCCUGUUUGAGGUUCGGGUAGUGCUUUUCUCUUCUCUCUCUCUCUUUUUUUUUUUUUUUCCUUGCCUUCGUUAUGGAAUUUACGCUACAAGUUGUUCUUCUCUUCUUUGAUUUGAAGCGUUUUGGUAUCUUUUGAUCUGAUUUUGAUUAGAUCAGAUCGACUGCGGAAAACUAUUUGGAGAUUUUAUGGUUUUUGGUUUGUAGAGAGAGAGAGUAAAUGUUGACUAUUGAUUUAUGAAUUCCUCUUUUUUAACGAAGUAUUCAGAGAAAUUAUGCAAAUUUUUUUAGCGCAAUUUAGAUAUUGUUACUGAGUCUAGCUCAGAGUUAUUUUCAUUUUUAUGUUGCCAGUUUUUUCUUCAAAGAUUUUUUUUUUUUUUUUUAAUAGGGAGGAAAUCAGAGGCUCAUUUUCUCAACCAAAUUUUGUUAUCGCAAUUGGCAAGUAAUGUAAAUGCUUACGGUUCGAAAACUUGGAAUGUUUCAAAGGAUCUUUUUUUCUUCUACGUGUUGUUGUUUAUGUAAAUGCCUGCCUUUUAAAACCCCUGAAGUUGAUUUGAUGAAGAAGUUAUCCUGUUUAAUACUUUAUAAGUUCAUAUUGUUAUUGCUGAGUAGUUUGGUGAUAUUCUUAAUGAUUGCUAGCACAGCAGUGCCUACUGUUCCUGCAUCAGCUGAGACAUUAAGAUGCAGUCAACCCCUGUAAAAGAUUUCAUUAUGGUGAAAAGGGAAGCAAAGGACUUACCCAGCUCAAGUUUCAGGGAUCACUUGGAUGGUACUACUUUACAAGGACCCAUUGGCAAUUUUUCUGCCUCUUCGUCAUUAUCGUCGUCCUCUUCUGAGGAUGAUUCUCAAGUAAUACAGGACGAAGGUGGCCAGUGUGUUGGGAAUGCUUCCAAGCAAUUAGUGCUUUAUGAUCCUGCAUCUAAUGGCGGUGGUGCAAUUGAACCCUACAAUCCUGAGCCUAUGAGGCACCAGCCACCAGCACGUCCACGAUUUUCAUCAUCUAGAGUUCUGCCAUCUGUUGGGGCUUUCACUGUCCAGUGUGCCAAAUGUUUUAAAUGGAGACUCAUUCCAACAAAAGAAAAGUAUGAAGAAAUACGCGAACACAUUCUGGAAAAUCCUUUUGUUUGUGAAACAGCUCAUGAGUGGCGACCUGAUAUCUCAUGUGAGGAUCCAACAGAUAUAUCUCAAGAUGGGAGCCGGCUUUGGGCAAUUGACAAGCCCAAUAUUGCUCAGCCCCCUCCAGGGUGGCAAAGGCUACUGCGGAUCAGAGGAGAAGGAAGUACAAAAUUUGCAGACAUCUACUAUCAAGCACCAUCAGGGAAGAGACUUCGCUCAAUGGUGGAGGUGCAGAAGUACUUGUCGGAACAUCCUGAGUAUAUAAGAGAGGGGGUGACUUUGUCUCAGUUUUCAUUUCAGAUCCCUAAGCCUUUGCAGGAAGACUAUGUGAGAAAACGCCCUCCUCGAACAGCCUCACAGGAUAAUGCUAGAUCUGGUGAAGGUAUGCAAUUUAAUCCAUUAGCAUGGGCGGGUCCAGAUGACACAGACUUGCAUCUUGGCAGGCCAGCACUACCAUCUCCAUUCUUAAGGGGCCCUGUUUCUGAUCCACUUCAACGACCAGCUAAGCAGGCCAAGAGAACACCAUCAAAGCAUAUGUACAGUACUAAUCCAGAAUCUAAUGAGCAGAGGUGAAGAUACAAGACAUCAGCCAGUCUACAGGUACUGCUGAUUAUACAGUCUUCAAGACUUGGGCCAGACCCAUUUUAUAUUCUUUGUACCCUGUUACUAUUUUCCUUCAUCCUAGGUGGUUAUGUCUCCAGAACUAAGAAACCGUCUUUUGACGGUGCUUUUGAGAGGGGAGGGGCUGGGUUAUUUUAGAAAUGGUGUUAUAACCUUGAUUGUCUAGGAUAUGUGAGAAAACCCAUACGAAGAAACUAAAGCUUUAUCUUUACUUUGUGUCGGAUCAUAUGUACAAUUACACUUGUGCGUUGGACAUUCUAUUAUAGGACACCUAGUUAAACCUUGAUGGAUAUUCAUUACUUUAUGUCUGCUAUAUGUUUCUUAAUAGACUCAUGGGAUGUAAUAAUGAUUUAUUAAUUUG